GGUAAACAAGCGAGGGCCAUAAAAGCAAGGUUUUCGGGGCCAAUGUCAAUCAUUCAACAUCAAGAUGCGCUUCUAUCUGCUGUUCUUUUUGGCCCUGAGCUGCUGUCUGCUGAAAUUCUCCGCGGCUGGAGUGAACUUGGUGCGUGGACUCGAGGCUGUGGGUCACCAUCGCAACUCCACGGGGUCACCACCUCCGCGUGGUGCUCCUCCACCACCUCGAACCACCGCCGCCAGCUCUUCGGGAUAAAUGAAUCUGAAGCCACACCCAAAUCCAGGCUUACUCCCCUUGACGAACCUUCUAACCGAACCCUAAUGUGAACCUUAUCCCUAUGUAGUCCUUCAGCUUGAAAAUAAAGGAAAACGAUUCCAGCAA